CUCAGCCAGGAGUCAUGGAGGCCGAUGACGAGACACCAAAGACGACCCUCGCGUAGGAAAAAGGAGAAAAGGCGCCGUUUAUUAAUGUGUAAAUGGUGAUUUUUUAUGCCCUGUUGGUUGGCCAAGCAUUUGGUGUCGAGACUGAUACGGAGGGAAAGCAGAAAGGAAUUUGAUUUUUAUUUUAUUUUAUUUUUUCUUAAUGGUGAUAUGAACAUAAAAUGAGCAAGGACAGCAAGGCAGAGAGGAGUUUUCCAGAAAGACUCAAAAGAUGGUUCAGGCUCGAUCGCGGAAAUGUGACCGGAAGCCGAGAGAUCAGGCUGACAGAGGAGCUCAGGGCAGAACUGGGGCCGGAAUCACUCACGUCAACGCGCAUAAAGGCCAUCAAAGAGCUCAGUGAAGUUCUCGCCUCGAAGAAGAUAGAAGAGAAUGGGAUAGAAAAAUUAUGGCUCCUAGUGCAAGAUCUUCUUUCCCUAACCAGUCCAACAGAACAGCGGCACACAACAUUGCAGAUGCUGACGACGCUAACAGCAGCUCAUGACAGAAUAGGAGCUAUGCGACAUGUGUUCUACAACUACAUCUCCGAGAAUUACCAGCAUGAAGACACAAAGCCAAUGUUUGAUUUCUUCCGUGAGGUUAUAGCGGAUGGGAAACAGUUAGAGUAUAUAGAAGAAUUUGUAGGUCCGUUCUUGUUAGAGUGGCUUCCGGGCUUGUUAGCCUCGCCGCAAGCUGCAGACGCUCUCAGUCUUUUGGUCAAUCUAGUCAAGUUUAAUGCUGCCUAUCUUGAUGAACCUGUCGUCACUGGCUAUGUCAAGCAAGUUGUUGUUCAGUUACAUCGGGCGAAUGGCGAAACUGAAGCCUUGCAGUGUUUACGCGUCUUGGAUGCUGUGUUAGCCUACAGUUACCUACCCUCUCCUGCUCUUCCAACAUUCAUCAUUGCUCUCACGCGAGCAGUCAACGUGCCUCAGUUGACGGCCGAAACUUGGAAGAUCAUGCGCAACCUCCUGGGCACUCACCUCGGAAACAGUGGUCUUUACGUUUUGUGCCGAUUGAUACAGAGCGAUGGAGAUCCGCACAUGGUCCGAGGAGCCAUUUUCUUCCUGACUUCUGCUCUUUGGGGAAAUAAUAAGGUGUCUUCACUAAAUUACAAGCCGGCAGCUGUAUUGCCAACACUGCAGCAGGCCGGAAACAACAACCAUGUGCUAGUAGUGUAUGAGGUGGCGCUGAGUGUCCAGAAAUUGGUUUCCAAAAUGUCCCUGGAACUACACCUGUCCUCCUGGGAUCUCCUUUUAGACACCCUUAGCAAGCUUUUUGAACAUGCAGUUGCUUUAGAGGAAAGCCAUGAAAAGCAGACUAUCCUAACAGUACUGAAGGACACUCUGGAUGUCAUUGAACAGCUGAUUGACCUGCAGCAGUUCGGAGGAUCUUUGGAUAAAUUCUUCUUUCUGAUUGAUCUCUACGCCCACCUUCGUCCGGAAUCAUCAGUCUUACGUCUCUUAGACCACCAAGCCCAAGCCAUGGAUCCACUGCGUCCACAUUGGUUGGCUAAUUUAGGAACGCUUCUACACCAGUACUAUCGGCGGGACCCAAGGCCAAAUAUCCGAACCAAGGCGCUAGCUAUACUGUCUGAUGUGUACAAUAAUAACAGGUACUUGUAUGGAACUGACAUGGUUAGAAAUGUUGUCACUAUACAAAUGGAAGGCAUUGAAACAGAACGGAAUGUAGGAGUCAGAACUGCAGCUGUCAACUUGCUGGUUCACAUAGCCAUCACUCAGAAAUCGUCUGUCGUGCCAGAUAUUCUCAACAUGCUGGAAAAGAUCGUUAUUGCCCCAUAUUCAAGUGCCGGUGACUGUGUGCAAGUAGUGAGGGAGAGUGAGGCUGCAGACAUUAUCGCUGCAGUGGCAGGUUUGAUAAGGAUUUUCAAGAAAAAAUUAUGGGAAUUACCAUCAUCAUAUGCCAUACAAGCUUAUAGGAUAUUGCUGUCCUGCAUCGAACAUCAUUAUCGUAAUCAGACUGUACUUGAAGGAGUAUCGAGAGUUAGGCUUCAGAUAUUUGAAAUGAUUUUUGAGAUGAGGGCCAAUUCCAAAUACCAGCUAGGAUUCCCAAGGAUCAGUGAAAAGAACGGUCAAGGAGAGGAAGACAGUUCCACCUCAUUGCUUCCACAGUAUUCACCGUACAUAGUAGUCGAUCAUAAACAUGGGCAGCUGCUAAAGGAUGCUGAACAGGAGCACGGUGACAAGCAGUUACCAUCAGGUAUUGCAAGUGAGGCAAGUCAAGAAGAACCUGAGGGAGCACUGUCCGAUGCCACUCCACUUCUCGCGCAGCCCAAGGUGGAGGUCACACACCUGUCGCUAACACAAUCUGCCAUGACUGUUAUUGUAGCUAUGAAGAAAGAAAAGGAUUGGGAAGUCUUGCGGAUGAUUUUGGAGCGUGUGCCGCAGGUCCUGCAGAACAAGGCACUUAUCCUGUCUCGUGAUGGCAAUGAUAUCGACUACUUUGCCGCUGCUCUCUGUGCUCUGGUUACGGAAAAGUCCCUAGGGUUGCCAGAAUCUCUACACAAUACUCCGGCAAAAUUCACCAAGUCAGAUUUCCAGAGCUUCGUCUUUCCAGUUUUGGCAACUCUGGCAUCGUACCACAUGCACUUAGAGUCCGUGAUCCAGCAGAAGGUCAUUAAAUGCCUGGAGCUUGGUGUUUUAAGUAGAUGCGCGGGACCAUUGUGCGUGAGUGCUCUGACCUUGUGCGUUCUGGAAAUGAGAGAUUCGAUGAUCAAACUGCUUCGAGAGGUCAUGAUAAACCUCUCGAAGAUAACUGCCACUGUCCAAAAUGCUCAACCAAUCUUAGAAUUUCUUUCAA